GUGUAAAGGAUGAUGCCAUGUCAGAGGUCAUCACUGUAGACGCGAUUUUGUUUGGGCUCUUGGCCUUUUCUGGCAUUUUGGGAAACAUCCUGGUCAUCUAUGUGGUGUUUCAGUCAGCCAUUGAAACUCCAUCAAGGAGACUCUCUCCUUCUGACCUUAUUCUGGUGCACCUGUCACUAGCUAACCUGCUGACCUCGCUUUUCCGCACAGUACCUAUUUUCGUGUCAGACCUGGGCUUGGAUCUGUCUCUGUCCACUGACUGGUGCAGAAUCUUCAUGCUGCUGUGGGUGUGGUGGCGAUCUGUGGGCUGUUGGGUGACUCUAACGCUCAGUGCCUUUCACUGCUCUACUCUGAAACGACAUCAUGUGACCUUUGGACCGCUUGCUGUUCAGAGGGAGAGGCAACGAGUCUGGAUUGCCUUAGGGGUGGUGUGGGGGGCAAACCUGGCUUUCUCUGUUCCUGCAUUGGUAUACAGCACUCAGGUUCAAGGCAAUGCCACAGUGGAGGUGAUGGUGAUCAGCUGCACCACCAGGCCUCUGCUAGGCUGCAUCUGGGAGUUUCCGUCAAAAGAACAAGGCACAGCCUUCGCCUCAAUAUCACUGGCACUGAAUGAGGUGUUGCCGCUAGUGCUGAUGGUUUGCACCAAUUUAGUCACACUGCAUGCUUUAGCCAAACACAUCCGAGCUGUUACCUCAGGGGGAGAGUCAGGAGGCACCCAGAGGGAGCCGGAAAAACUAGGACAAACGCCUUAUAUUCAGCUGACCAGUGAACGUAAGGCGGCUCAAGUGAUCGUGUCUCUGGUGUCACUAUUUGUGGUCUGCUGGGUGCUACAGGUUGCUGCAGUAACAUACUACAACCACAACCGGGGGCGACAUGCUGAAGGGCUGCUGACUGUUUCCCAUUUCUCUGCUUCAGUGUUUGUAGGAUUCAGCCCCUUGGUGGUGGCCCUGGGACACGGAAAACUGAGGAGAAAAAUCAUGAGUAUGAUACUGGGGUGGACUCAGUUUUUUAAAUGUCACAGUGGGGGCACUGAAGAGUGGACUAAAUCCCCAAAGGCUACAGGAAAAAAGGGAAAUGAACCAGUUUUUGUUGUUCAGAAAUAG